UCAAUCACCUUCUUCUUCUCCUUCUUCCUGUUUACCCAAAAAAAAUUAUUAUUAAACCAAAAAAGUUGAAUUGAAAAUUAAGAAGAUCGCAUGAUGGCAGCCGGAGGGCUUCAUCGCUCUUCGAGUACCCCGAUGAGGAAUUCCCUUCCUCCCCAAGAGCUCCUUGACGAUCUCUGCAGCCGCUUCGUUUUGAAUGUCCCAAAAGAAGAUUUGGAGUCAUUUGAAAGGAUUCUGUUUCUUCUUGAGCAAGCACAUUGGUUUUAUGAGGACAAUUCAGUCGAGCAGAACCCAUCUCUCAAAUCCCUCUCUUUUAAGGAGUUUACAUCUCUGAUGUUUAAUAGCUGUGCUGCUCUGAGGCCAUACAUUGCACAUAUAGAUGACAUAUACAAAGAUUUCACUUCUUACAAGUUUCGAGUUCCAGUAACUGGAGCUAUUAUAUUGGAUGAAUCCUAUGAAAGGUGUCUGCUUGUAAAAGGUUGGAAGGCAGGAUCAAGCUGGAGUUUUCCUCGUGGCAAGAAGAGCAAAGAUGAGGAAGAUCACACUUGUGCUGUCCGAGAGGUACUAGAAGAAACAGGUUUUGAUGUUUCUAGACUUCUUAACAUGGAUGACUUUCUUGAGGUUGUAAUUGGACAACAAAGAGUUCGACUGUACAUAAUCGCUGGGGUGAAGGAAGACACUGCAUUUGCACCUCUAACCAAAAAAGAAAUAAGUGAAAUCUCGUGGCACCGGCUUGAUGAACUUCUGCCGGCAGGUGAUGAAGCAAUAUCACGCGGAACAAAUGGUUUGAAGCUUUACAUGGUUGCACCCUUCCUAAUAUCUCUUAAAGCGUGGAUUUUGGCACACCCUCCUCCUGCUAGUCCGAAACAGGAUUCAUCAGCUAAGGGUACAUGCGUGUGGAAAGCCAAACCCACUUCUGCAGGGGGAACAAGCAUAGAAAACUCAUUAGUCCGAGCUGCAACAGGAACCGGAGUGGAACCUCAGAUUGCUGAUACAGCACCGGGGAAAAGUUUUAGAAAUUUCAGAUUUGACACCACCAGCAUCAUUCAGGCGAUGGAAGCUGUUUUUUCUGCAAACUAAAUUCCCCAAGUGCAAGCUGCACAGGAUGCCAAGAUGGCAUGUACAUUGGUCCAGCCUCUGCACUAGUUUUAACUAGUAAAUUCAGGUGUUAAUUUGGAAGUUUAAAUUUCUGAGACUUUAUAAAAACAGUUGAGUGGAUGAACCAUUACAAAUGUAAACCAAACGCACUUGACUAUUUUACUGAUGACGCUUGCCUGCAAAAAAUGUGCAGUGUGUAUAGCCCAUAAUGUUUGCUAAGCGCAAUAAACCAUUUAAACAUAAGACCUCAA